AAGUGACAGAUGGAGAGAAGGGGAAUGAAUGAUGGGAUCACUGAGAGUGACGUGACGUCAGUGUGAGUGGAGAUAAAAGUCUUGGAGUGAGAGGUACAGAACCAGAGGACGAGGGCGACAGAUCCAUUGCCAACCAAGAGGUUCAAGAGAAGAUGAACGCACACGUCAGCUUCCCCUGUGGUCUCAUGCUUCUCCUCCUGAUCCAGGUCCAAGUCCAGGCGAGACCCAGAACAGGUGUGGACAGUCUCCAGAUCUUAUCCAGGCUCCUGGAAGAUGAAUACGGUCCCUACUUGUCCUCAGAAGAUUCGGACAUGGAGGCGGAGGAGGCAUCCCGGGCUGGAACUCUGCGUGAUCUGAACCUCGAUCAAGCCGACAUGGACCUUCUGUGGGACCGCGAUGCCAGAGACAUCGGGGGUAGAUCCUUCCAGCAUGACGGGCUCCUGCUCCGUCUCCUUAAAGAUCUCACUAUCAGCCCCCUACGAUUUAACGGCAGAAGCAAAAAGGGACCAUCAAGGGGCUGCUUUGGAGUAAAACUGGAUCGAAUCGGGGCCAUGAGUGGCCUGGGCUGCUAAUGAUUUCCUUUACGGGCUGACACCGAGCUGCAGCCAACUCUCUCCUCCACAUCCAAGUCACUGCAGCUUCAACCUCUUCCUCUUUUGCCCCACAAACUCCAACUGAUGUUGAGUAGAAUCCUGCUAUAGACUGUUUACGAGCUCUAUUCUCGGAUUAAAUGCUUAAUGUAUAUACAAGUGUCAGUUUAAAUACUAUUUAAAUCUAUUUAUAUUAAUUUAAACAUACUGUAUUUAUUUGUACUGUCAUUUCUGUUGCUGUGAGAAAUGACGAUCAGUCACUUCCUAUGAGUUCUGGUGCAAAAUAAAAUGAAAAACCUCA